AUGACCACUUCUGCCACCUGCCCCCGCCUCGCAGCGCCCCCUCCAGCCGCCCCGCCGCUCAGCACGGACAGCGAAGAGCACAGCGACGACGAUCUAAGUGAGCCUCAAUCGAAUCCUAAUCUUCUGGGCAACGCGAAUAACAGCAAUAACAAUGAAGAAAAGAAGGAGCAGGAGAGGAAAGAAAAAGAAGAAAAAGAAGCUAAAGAAGCCAAAGAAAAAGAGGAAAAAGAAGCCAAAGAAAAAGAGGAAAAAGAAAAGCAGAAAGAAAAGAGAAGGAAAAAGAGAAAGACAAGUGAACACAUUUUCAAGACCAAAGAAUUAUUCGUCAUUAAUCCUGCUGGGAACUUGUAUUACCACUGGCUUUUCAUCAUCACACUGCCAGUCAUGUAUAACUGGACCAUGAUUAUUGCCAGGGCUUGCUUUGAAGAGCUGCAGUACAAUUAUUUGAUAUAUUGGGUGUUUCUGGACUACACUUCAGACCUAAUUUACCUGGCUGAUAUGUUCUUCAGGACCAGAACAGGGUACCUUGAGCAAGGCUUGAUGGUAAAAGAUGAGAAGCUGCUCCGGGAUCGCUACGUCAGCAGCUUCCAGUUUCGUCUUGACGUUGUCUCCAUGUUGCCCACUGAUGUCUUAUAUUUCUUCCUUGGCCUUGACUACCCCGAGAUCCGCAUCAACAAGCUUCUGAGGAUCGGUCGCAUGAUGGAGUUCUUCACCAGGACCGAGACAAAAACCAACUAUCCAAACAUCUUCCGCAUCGGAAACCUGAUCAUGUACAUCCUCAUCAUCAUCCACUGGAAUGCCUGCCUGUACUUCUCUUUCUCCAAAUCCAUUGGUUUUGGGGCUGAUGAUUGGGUCUACCCAGCUCUGGAUGAUCCCGAGGAGCCUGCGUUUGGGCUUCCCGGGAGGAAAUAUGCUUUCAGCCUCUAUUGGUCCACACUGACAUUGACCACCAUCGGAGAAACUCCACCACCAGCCCUGGACUCAGAAUUUCUUUUUCACGUUGUAGACUUCUUAGUUGGAGUCUUAAUCUUUGCCACCAUCGUAGGUAACAUUGCCACCAUGAUUUCCAACAUGAAUGCAGCCCAAGCCCAGUUCCAGGCCCGAAUAGACAACAUCAAACAGUACAUGCAGGUUCGAAAAGUCAGCAAGGAUCUCGAAUUGAGAGUCAUCAAGUGGUUUGACUAUCUUUGGAAUAAUGGCAAGGCGCAGGAUGAACGGGAGGUGCUACGGUACCUCCCAGAUAAACUAAAAGCAGAAAUUGCUAUCCAAGUCCACAUGGAUACUCUGAAGAAAGUCCGGAUCUUUGCAGACUGUGAAGCAGGCCUGCUGAUUGAGCUGGUGCUCAAACUACGACCUCAGGUAUUCAGCCCUGGGGACUACAUCUGCAGGAAAGGCGACAUCGGCCGGGAGAUGUACAUCAUCAAAGAUGGAAAACUUGCGGUCGUUGCCGACGACGGCGUCACACAGUUUGUAGUUCUUGGAAGCGGCAGCUAUUUCGGCGAGAUUAGUAUCCUUAACAUUAAAGGUAGUAAAGCAGGCAACAGGAGGACAGCCAACAUUCGCAGUAUUGGAUAUUCAGACCUCUUCUGCCUGUCCAAGGACGACCUCAUGGAAUCACUGGUGGAGUAUCCCGACGCCAAAGGCAUGCUGGAAGAAAAGGGUCGUCAGAUUCUGAUGAAAGACGGUCUGAUAGAUUUGGACCCGGCCAACAUCAAGCCUGAGGUCAAAGAGCUGGAGGAGAAAGUCAAUAAGCUGUACGGCACAAUGGAUCUGAUGCAAACUAAGCUCAAGAAGAUUCUUGGAAGUUACAAGAACGCCGACAAAGCUCUGAGGCAUCGCAUCGCAGAUCUGGAGCGCCUCACCGGAGAAGAGGUCGAGGAUGAGGAGGAAGAGGAGGAAGAAGUGAAAAAGGAAGAAAAAGUGGAAGAAGGAGAAAGAAAAGAUGAAGGAGAGGAAGAUGGUGAGGGAGAAAAAAAAGAGGAUGGAGAAAGAGGUAGCGAAGAAAAGAAAGAGGAAAAAACUGACAAAGAAAAAGAUGAAGAUGAAGAAAAAGGUGAAUAA